GCUCUAUUCGGUUUAGAUACUUUAUUUCAAUAGUGGUGUUCACUAUAUAGGGUUCUUGAUUGUCUCUCAGUGGUGCUUUGGUGUUGUGACGUGGGUGUCAAUGCGUGCGUGGUGUUGUGGGUGA